AUGUCGGGUCUAAGGAUAUCGGAUCCGAGCAAAUUGCAUCUGAAGAGGGAGCUUACUCAAAUCAGGAAAGUUGCCAAGGGUUUACGCGAUCCGGGAACCACUUCCUCUUGGAAAUCCCCUCUCACUUCAUCGAGAUCCGUCGCGGAGACGGUGGAGCCUCCGCCGAGCAAGGCCGCCGUCGAGAUUCUCAGUAAAAACCAGCUGGAUUCACCGCAGAUCCCGAAUAGAGCGGAGAGUGGUCGGGGCUUCGGGAACGGGAAGGAGAAGGAGAAGAAAGUGUUCUUAUGCAAUUGGAAGACUCAGAAAACCUCAAGCGAGAAGAGUGAAGGUAAAGACGGAACUUCGUGGAUCCAAAGUAGUGUCAACGACGAUGACGACGACGACGAUGAUGUGAGCGAUGCAAGGAACGGCGGAGAAAUCCGAUCUGCUUCGAUGAAGUUCAGAUGCAGAGACGCGGCGAAUCUAGCGUCGUCGCCGGGAUUGUCGAAGACCAGAAAGAGGAAUUUUAGGAAGAAGAAGAAGAGUAAGCGAUUGGAGUUCUUAUCUCGGUAUCAUCAACCAAUCCUCGCCGAGCUAUCUGACGAAACGGAGGAGAAGAUCACUAAAGUGACAUCUCCUUUGCUUUUAAAGCUCAAGAACAACAACUGGUCACGCUCUUGCUCUUCCAAGCUCUUGAGAGCUACAAGCAAGAGAGAGGACUCUUCUCAUACUUGUAACAGCACGCCUGCAUUGUCGACUAGCUCGUACAACAUGUACGCUAUUCGUAAUCCCAGCACCGUUGGAUCUUGGGAUAAUGAUGGUGAUGAUGAUGAUGAUGAUGAUAACAUGGAGUUUACAGGGAGGCAAGGUUGUGGGAUUCCUUUUUACCGGACGAAAAGGAACAUGAAACAUAGAGGAGGAUGUAGAAGCUGUUGCUCGCCUUCGUUUUCGGAUACUCUUAGGAAGACUGGGAGUAGCAUCUUAUGCGGUGGGAGUCAAUCUGUGUAUCGGAGACAUAGGCAUUCCUCUGAGAGAUACCAUAAACAGAAACUUGCUUCAAGAAGUGCGUUAGGUGUUUUACCUCUGCUUAAGUAUGGAGGAGGGUCAUCUAUAGGGAUUGAGAGUAGUGAUGAUGAUCUUUCAACUGAUUUUGGUGAGAUUGAUUUAGAGGCUCGAAGUAGAUUAGAUGGGAGGAGAUGGUCUACUAGUUGUAGGAGUCAGAGUGGUUUAGGAGAAGAGGAAGAGGAGGAGGAAGAAGAAGGAAGUACACCGGAGAAUAUGCAGAGUUUGAGCAAAAAGUACAAGCCAAUGUUCUUUGAUGAAGUGAUUGGGCAGAGUAUAGUUGUUCAGUCGCUAAUGAACGCUGUGAAAAAGGGGAAAAUUGCUCAUGUUUAUCUUUUUCAAGGUCCUAGAGGAACAGGGAAGACAUCUGCAGCGAGGAUUUUCUCGGCUGCUUUGAAUUGUGAGGUGGCGACUGAAGAAAUGAAACCUUGCGGGUAUUGCAAAGAGUGCAGUGAUUUCAUGCUGGGGAAGAGUAGAGAUUUGUUGGAACUUGAUGCUUCUAAGAAGAACGGAGCUGAGAAAGUUAAGUACCUUUUGAGAAAACUGUUGGCGUUAGCUCCACAGAGUUCGCCGAGAUUCAAGGUUUUUGUGAUAGAUGAGUGUCAUUUGUUACCGUCUAGGACAUGGCUAUCUUUGCUCAAGUUUCUUGAGAACCCUCUGCAGAAAGUCGUCUUCAUAUGUGUGACGACUGAUCUUGGCAAUGUUCCUCGGACUGUUCAGUCAAGGUGCCAGAAGUAUCUGUUCAACAAACUCAGAGACGGUGACAUUGUUUCGAGACUAAAGAAAAUUGCUUCAGAUGAAAAUCUCGAUGUGGAACCGCAGGCGUUGAAUUUGAUUGCUUUGAAUGCUGAUGGCUCGCUUAGAGAUGCUGAGACCAUGUUGGAUCAGCUGAGUUUGAUGGGAAAACGAAUCACUGUUGAUCUUGUAAAUGAGCUAGUGGGUGUUGUUUCAGAUGAGAAGUUGCUUGAGCUCUUGGAACUAGCGUUGUCUUCAGACACGGCGGAGACCGUGAAGAGAGCUAGAGAGUUACUUGACUUAGGAGCUGACCCAAUAGCCAUGAUGUCUCAGCUGGCAAGUCUUAUCAUGGACAUCAUUGCUGGAGCAUACAAGGCCUUGGACGAAAAAUACAGCGACGCCUUCCUUCAUGGACGGAACUUGAGUGAAGCGGAUAUGGAGAGGCUAAAGCAUGCUUUGAAGAUUCUUUCUGAGGCAGAGAAGCAGCUUAGAGUUAGUACUGAUCGUUCAACAUGGUUCAUAGCUACUUUGCUACAGCUUGGUUUGAUGUCUUCUCCCGGAACCACACAUACCGGUAGCAGUAGAAGGCAAAGCUCUAGAGCAACUGAAGAAAACCUGUCAAGCGUUUCAAGAGAAGUGAUUGCUUAUAAACAGAGAUCAGGCCUUCAAUGUAGUAACUCACCAUCCCCAACUUCCACGAGAAAAGGCGGAAAUAUUGUUCGUGAAGUGAAAUCGUCCUCCUCGUCCAGCGAAGUCUUAGAGAAUGGCGCUUCCGUUUCCUCGCGUGAUGAUACAGCUGCAAGCACCAUGACGCUUACUUGCAAGAAUUCAGAGAAACUAUAUGAUAUAUGGACAAAGUGUAUAGAUAGGUGCCACUCAAAGACAUUGAAGCAGCUGCUCUAUUCUCAUGGGAAGCUAUUAUCCAUCAGUGAAGUUGAAGGUAUUCUAAUUGCUUAUAUUGCAUUUGGAGAAAAAGAGAUCAAACUGAGAGCUGAGAGGUUUUUAAGCAGUAUCACAAACUCGAUUGAAAUGGUGCUGCGGCGAAACGUAGAGGUCAGGAUAAUCCUCUUGUCUGAAAAUGAGUUCCUGAACUCCAGUCAGACCAGACAAACAGCAGCAGCAGCAGCAGCAGUAGUGACAAGUAGUUCAGAUACUGAAAGUGGGCAUGAGAUUCCAAUGAGUAGGAUACAAUCGAUCAUCCAAGAACAGAGAUUAGAAGCCGAGUGGUUACAGAGGACUCCUGGUUCACAGGGCCGGUUAAAACCCGAAAGGAAUCAAGUUUUGCCUCAAGAAGACAUUAAUCAUCAUCAUCAUCACCAACCCAACAUUGGUUCUGCUGUUUCUGCUGGACUAAACAAUGGAGUUAAAGUUAUGAAGAUUUGUGAAAUGGGUGAGUUUCAGGAGAUUCAGAGUGGUAAAAGAAUGGAGCAUUGUCCUGUUUCACCGAGUUUGCUCCAUGGUAGUAACUUGACAAACAACAAAGACAAUUUAGAAUAUGAAUCAGGAACUGGGAGAGGAGUUUGCAGUCUGCUUUUCUGUUGGAACACACAAAAGUCUCCAAGAAGAAGCAAGAUCAAAGGGACUUCUGUGCGAUCACGAAGAAGUCGAAAGAGAAGAUUUUCGUUGUUCAGUGGAUGUGCUAAACCAAGGAAGUAA